AUGAUGGUAUACGUUCCAUCCCCACACUUCUUGUUAAGUCUCUUUCGUAUUCUGCUCAAUACCUUUAUCCCUUCCGCUGGAGGCCAUCCGCUACUUGCACAAGCUCAUGCGAUAUGGCGUAAUGGACCUACACAUUCCAACAAUGUAUUACUGGUGGUGCCUAUCAUUUUACAGAUCUUUAUGAGCGGCCUGGUCCGGUAUAUUGUUGGACAUGUCUUGUUGUCUAUUCUGAUACUUGAAAGUGUGGAGAAGCAAGCUCUCGGCUCUUUUCCUGAGCUCAGAGACAAAAAGGCUGGUCCAUCCAGUCGUCAACUAUUCCAAACCAUGGCCACCCUCUACCGCACGGGCAAUCUCCGUCUCCUGUUGAAUGGAAUUGGCUCCGCAUGCAGCUACUGGGCAAGGCACUUGUGCACGAAGCAGAUAUUGAUCAGAGCAUUAUUCCUUCCUCGUCCGGUCGCGUACGUCGUAGCCUCGGUGCUGCUCGCUGAAGAUCGUUUCUUGUGGACCGCGCGCACCAUACUUCCGCGCGACCAGCAACGCUUUGUGCCGAACUCUCGCGAUCGCCAACGAUGGAAAGCUUUGGUGCCGGCCACAGCACUACAUGCGGUGGCUGAAUCAUUCAUGAUGCAUUUUCCUGCCCUAUUCCAAAGCGACCUCGCCUCAUCCGCUAGCACAGAUGUCACAAAAGCGCACUUGUCGGGCAUCGUGGGAUUCGAGAUCUUAGUGUCAGGAGUCAUGCUCGCCGCACAGUUCUUGCUUCUUUUCCCUUCGUUUAUAGCGUUGGUUCUCGUUCAGACCAGUCUAUUGCCGUCCGUCUGUGAGACGUUGGUCUCUACGCUGGUGAACCCAGGGGGGCAGCAGCAGCAGCGGGGCAGACGUGUUGGGGAAAUAUUUGCAGCGUUCAAUAGGGUCCCACUUCGGGUACAGGAGGUGGUGAAGAUCAUCGGAGCAACAUAUGUAUUAUGGUGUGUCGAAUUGCACGCAAAGAUGUGCUUGUGUCUGAUAGGGGUUUCUGCUGUGGUGCUGGUCGCCAUUUAUAAUAUGAAGUGA